AUGGCACAUCGAUUAAUCGGUGCCACCCUAGACGUACCUAUAGUGAUAGGUACGUACGCCUUCAAGAAGGACGAAAGUCUUUUCCGGUGGCACGCCCUGAUUUAUCAAUGGUAUAUAAGAGUGUCGAGGUGUACAUUGAAUUUGAUCGGCAGAUAUGUGAUUAAAAAAGUGGACUUUCAACUGCACGAAACAUUCGCGGUGCCUCAAAGGACGGUAGAGAGCACGCCGUUUAUGGUCACUGAGGAGGGAUGGGGGGAAUUCGACAUCAUCGUCACCAUUCACUUCGUGGAUUCUAGUGAAAACCCAGUCCGAACUACACAUAAGCUCAAAUUACACCACGAUUCCACAACAACUGGCAUCAAUCCUGCACUAGUACCUGUAGACCCUGUCAACGAAGUGACACCAGUGUUGGAGAGGGGAUAUGCUGUGGUGAACGAGACGUAUAUGGAGUUGCACUUUGAGCACCCACAUGCUUGGUUUUAUGAUGCGGUGUGGUCAUCUGUAGAGCGACACAAGAAGGGUGAAUAUACUUCUAUUAUACACGGCAAGUCGAAACACGAGGAGACCAUUGCGACAAGCUCCUUCGCUGAUAAGUAUUUGAUUUUGAAGAACCUCAAGGACGCCGAAUAUGUAUGCAAGUUUCUGUUGAGCAAAAAUAAGGAACGACUGGUUAAUGAUUUCUUCGAAAAAUUUCCAGCGGAUCGACAUUCUGUCGGCUUUGAUCCUCUGAAGGACCUCGAGAAGGUUGGGGUGGCCAACCAAACGACUAUGUUGAAGGGGGAAACGGCCCUUAUUGCGAAGUUGUUCGAGAAGACAGUUCUGCAAUUGUACGGUCCCGAGGGCCUCAACGAGCACUUCGUAGCGUUCAACACUAUAUGUGAUGCAACACAAGAUAGGCAGGACGCUCUCUAUAAGCUGGUUACUCCUACUGCUACUAAGCUCGACAUGAUGCUCGUGGUAGGCGGCUUUAAUAGCAGUAAUACUGAGCACCUUCAAGAGAUAUCAGUAGAAGCUGGCGGCGUGAAGGACCAUCGAGCAUUCCACAUUGAUGGGCCUGCACGUAUCGAUGAACUGCGCAAUACUAUCACCCACAAGCCUGUGGAAACUCCCCCGAUUGAGGCGGCUCGUAACCAUGGCUUGGCAGUGACUCACGACUUCCUCCCUGGUAAUGGUGAACACAUAACAAUUGGAGUCACUAGUGGUGCUUCCACACCAGAUGAUGUUCUCGAACAGUCCUUGCAGAAACUAUUGCGGACUAAGAUGCUGCUCGAUAGUAAAGAGCUAUCGUGA